AUGGCUGAAACUGCAAUUGAAACAAUGAAUUAUUCGACAAAUACUGUUGAACAUCGUGGAUCACCAAUAUCGAUGAAUAAUGAAACUAUGCAUGCGGUACAUGAUGCAAACAAUAUUGAAAUCGUGUCUGGCAUGCAACAUCAAAACGAAGCUUAUCAAUCACAUAUUACUGGUAUUACAAGUUCUCCAUUGAUCAAUAGAAAAGAAAUUUUUCGACGUACAUCAUCAAGCGAUUGUAUUGAUCAAUUAGCUAAUCAAACAAUUUUACCAAAUUUAAAUCAAUAUCCGAUCAAUCAAGAUCCAAAUCCUGAAUAUAUUCGACGUCCUAAUAAUGAACAUGUUAUUUAUCGAAAAGAUAUAGCUAUUCGUUAUUUACAACCGCCAACUCCACCACCACCAGGUCCUAUUGUUGUACGUGAAAUUCGUGCUCCUCUACCUCCCGAAGCUCCUCCAUUGGUCAUACAUCAACGUGCUAAUGCUCCCAUGACUCCACCACCAAUGAUAAUUCGUGAACGUCCACCAAUGCCACCUCGCAUAGAACCACCUUGUACUGUUAAUAAAGUUUUACCUCCACCUCCACCACUUCCACGAAAAGUAAUCAUCGAACGGCAAGCACCAUUACCACCAAAGCCUCAACCGGUUAUUAUUGAAAAAUGGCUUCCCUAUAAGCCAUCACCGGAACGACGUGUAAUCGUCGAACGAGCUCCGCCAGUUCUACAAAGGCCAAUACAAAAAAAUACAAUUAUUACACAUGAUGCUCCUCAUGUUGAUCUUAUUAAAAAUGUUCGUCAUCUUGGAGUUGUUCGUGCGGAUCCACUUAUUUAUACUGCUCAAUAUGGUCAAUAUUUAUCAUCAAAUGAAUAUGUUUACAGUACAAUGGCAAAAUUUGGUCUUGGAGAUUAUUAUACGCAAAUGACUCACAUACCAAUAACACCACACUCACCAAUACUAAAUAAUAAUCAUCUACAAGCAAAUUAUGCUCAUAUUAAUAGUCAACAAUCAAUGACUAUUGCAGGACAAAAUACAUCAAAUAUACAUCAAUUACAAAAUGAAAAUCAACGUAAUUACAUAGAAAAUCAUGCAGGAAUGAUUUUACCUGAUCAAUGUCAUUCGACUAUUGAUGGUUUUAAUCAAACAGAAAUUUUCCAAUAA